AAGCAAAGAGCCGAGAUUGUAGAAAUUUGAUAACCAAAACUAUCAUGGCAGCCGAACCUGCAUCCACAAAUGUCCAGUUUACCAACUUUUCUGGCGAAAUUGUAAAGCUAAAUUCCGUCAACAUUUGGGAUGGGCCUGGGAUGUCUAAUGUUCCAUUGGUAAUUGACGGGCAAACGAUGUUUACUCAGACAGGUUCAGUUGCAGGUAUUGAGUACAAAUUCAAACACGACUAUACGUUGGUUGUUGCCUGGAUCAACAAUGGAGUCUCCAACAAGGUGUAUGCUCAGAUCCUGCCAUCCGGACCCGGCACUUACACUGUGCAAUGGGCUCAAAUCAAACGAAAGCUUGAAAAGUCCGACGACAAGUACGACACUGGUAACCAAUAUGGAUACGACUGUGAUCUUGGAAUUGAGCCAACCGGAAAUGCGCCAAAAAUGGUGGUAACAUUUAAAAAGGCACCAUAAGAAGGGCAGCCAAGAGAUGAAGGGUGAGGCUGUCAAAAAUAAAUAAUAUGCGUGCUGCGUGGAGCAGUACUUCUACUAUCUACUGCUACUACAAUAAAUA